AUGAAGGGCUCCAUCCUCCUCGUCGCCGCCGCCGCCGCGGGUGCGAGCGCCUCUGCUCACCGUCAUGCCCACCGCAUGUUUGCCAAGCGAGGAACCGAUGCUGAGGUCUGCGUGCCUAGCUGCACCACGGUGUACACCACCAUCUACGGCGAGGCGACUCUCGUCCCCAAACCCCCUUCCCCCGAGACCAGCAGCAUCCCCCCUCCUCCUUCGUCUGCUGUUCCUGAGGCGCCCACCUCCACCUUCGUCCCUCCUGUCGACCUGCCGACCGAUGCGCCGGAGCUGUGCCCGACCCCUGGCGAGUACACUUUCCCGGCCACCACCAUCACCGUCUCCGAGACCACCACUGUGUGCGCCCCUGCCACUACCAAGCUCCCGGAGGGCACCCAGACCUACGGCGGUAUCACCACCGUGGUUGAUUACGAGACCACCAUCGUUGUCCCCUACCCCACCGAGCAGACGAACAAUGGUGUUGUCACCAGCGUGAUCGAGACCACCACCUUCGUCUGCCCCGAGCCUGGCACCUACACCGUUGCCCCGACCACCACUGUGUGUGUCGAGGAGACCGUCGUUGUCUACCCCACCAUCACUACUGUUGUUCCUGGCACCUACACUCGCCCGGCUGUUACCACCACCAUCACCCAGACGAACGUCAUCGUUGUCUGCCCCUGGACCACCAAGGAGCCCGCUCUCGCUGCUCCCACCAGCCCGGCCUCUCAGCCUGUCCCCGAGCCCGAGCCUACCUAUGCUCCUGAGCCCGAGCCUACCUAUGCUCCCGAGCCUGAGCCUGAGGAGCCUGGCAACGGCGGUGAUAUUGGCGGUGGUGCCGGUGACCACUGGGCCAUCACUUACACUCCCUACAGCGAAGACGCCUCUGGCUCGUGCAAGAGCGCCACCCAGGUCGAUUCUGACAUCAAGCGCAUCAGCGAGGCCGGCUUCACUGUCGUUCGCAUCUACUCGACCGACUGCGAUACCCUCCAGAACGUUGGCGGCGCUGCUGAGAAGUACGGUCUCCACCUCAUUAUCGGCAUCUUCGUCAAGGACACCUGCGACCCCAACGCUCGGGAUAUCAAGGAGCAGGUCAAUGCCAUUGUCGAGUGGGCUAACUGGGCCAUCACCGACCUCGUCGUUGUCGGUAACGAGUGCAUCUUCCAGGGUCGCUGCGACGCUGCGAGCUUGAAGCAGCUCAUCGUCUCCGUCAAGGAGGCUCUCAACGGCGCCGGCUACACGGGCCCUUACACCACCGCCGAGACCCUCAACGUUUGGGAGCAGCCCCAGGUCGCUUCCGCUCUCUGCUCAGUCAUCGACAUUGUCGGCGGCCAGGUCCACCCUUACUUCAACGCCGAUGUCUCUCCUUCCGAGGCCGGCCAGUUCGUCCAGAACCAGCUCGACAUCCUGCAGAACGACAUUUGCGGCCUCAAGCCCGCCCUGAACCUCGAGUGCGGCUGGCCCACCGCCGGUGUCCCCAACGGCCGCGCCAUCCCUGGCCAGCAGGAGCAGCGCGAGGCCAUACGCUCCAUUCGCGAGCUCGUUGGUGACAAGACCGUUUUCUUCUCUUUCCACGACGAUGGGUGGAAGGACCCCGGCUCCUGCCAGUGCGAGCAGCACUGGGGCUCACGGCUUCCCCUCAUUGUCCUUGUGUUGUCUUCCGUGCUUACCGACCUACUCGUCUGCUGCUCUGUUCUUGCGUCCUUGGUGUUUCUCAGGCCGUCCUUGGUUUUGAUUAUCCCGUUGGUCAUAUCUGAGGAUCGGAAGGGUCGUCUAUUUGUCGUCUGGCACGGCCUAGGUCAAGGCCAUCCUUUGCUACUUGUGCUUUUCGAGCAGAAUUUCAGUCCGUCUUCAAUCUUUGAACCUCGCCACCGUCAUCAUUUCGCUCUUGGAAUCUAUUCCAUCAUCGGCGUUCAUUACAUAUCGCUGUCCAGACAUCCGAGCCUUUUAAGUGACUGGCAAUAUGUGAGGACGGCCGUGGUCGUGCACAAGUCAUUCUACACGAAAAAAUUCACUUACCAUCAGGAAAUCUCAAGAACCAGCAAUCUCUCAUUGGCACUUCACAAUAUGGAGAAAAGACAUCUCCCCAACUACAGAGAAUUUUGCUGGAAAGCAUCUUCAUCGAUGGCAGUUGAACCCUCCUCGUCACAGAACACCAUGAAUGCUCCUCUCCUUUCCAACGAAAUGAAAUGA